AUGGCGACCGACGUCUUUGUCUACACGGGAGGCAAGCAGAAGGUCCCGAAGGACGUCGUUUGGGCUCGGAUUGAUUCAUCUGUCAAGGUUAUUGGGCCCAUUGCGUUUAAGGACUGUGAGAAUCUCAAAUAUGUCGAGUUCUCGGAAGGUCUGGAACGGAUCAGUUCCUAUGCCUUUUCCUGUUGCAAGUCGCUGCAAUAUGUGAGGCUUCCGUCCUGUACUCGCAAGAUUGGCCUUGGUGCUUUUGAAAACUGCAUUGCCAUGAAGUAUCUCGUCCUGAAUUAUGGGCUGGAACAGAUAUCCCAAUCCUCCUUUUCCGGGUGUUGUUUGUUGGAAUAUGUGUGCAUCCCUUCCACGGUAGUGCACCUUGGAAGUUACGCCUUUGUGGACUGCAUCGCCUUGAAGGAAGUUGCGUUGAAUCAAGGAUUGACCAAGAUUCACCAUGGAACCUUUCAGUGGUGUGAUGCCCUAAAAGUGAUUGGGGUUCCAUUCACUGUGAAAUCGAUUGCGGAGGAUGCCAUUCCUGAAACGGCCAUCAAGGAUCGAACCAACGCCAGCGAGUUUUGGAGAGAAGUCUAUCUCAAAGUGCAAGAGAUUGCGGACGAAGAAGAAACCAAAGAGAUUGCGAGGAGGCGCAGUACUAUUACUACUGCUCGAGUCUCUGCUGCUGAUCUUACAAUUCAAACGAACGCGGCCAGGCCUGAAAUUCCGGAAUGGCAACGACAAGACCGACGAAAGACUACUGGGACUACGACUACAAAAGCCCUACAUAGUACUACUACUACGAUUAUCAAGGAGCGUGAUGGUUUACAAAGGGAAGUGAACUCAUUGCGAUCACAGGUCGAAAACUUGACGUCCAUGUUUGACCUUUUGAAUGGGGUCGUGGGAAAGUUACAACUGCAAUUGGAGGCCGUCUCGUUACAGGGCAAAGAGACGCAAGGGCAGUUGCAACAAGUAAUUAAGGAAAACAACAGCAAUCGAAAGGUACCAGAAUACAUUACCCGAAACAAAACACGCAGUACUAAUAAUAGUAGGCAUGCCACGACCACUGGUGCAACCGGAGUUGACUCGGAUCUUCAAGUCCGUGAGAGCGUCAUAAUGUUGACCGAAAAGCUGGAUCAAGUCAUGAGCAUGGUCCAAACCCAAGGGUACGAAACUCGAUCGGAGCUCCAAUAUUUAAAGGCAGAUCGUCCUCGAUAUGAGGAUGACGAGGUGACUCCCAGAACGGUGACUGUGACACAGCAAGAGUUGUCGGAUGAGGAGUCUGAUUCGUUCGAUCACAACGAUGAUGAUGAUGAGGAUGACGACGACGAAAAAUCUUUCUUUGAAUGA